AUGGAUUCCCGCCUCCCGUGGCUGGCGCUGCUCCAAGUCCUGGCAUUCCAGCGCGGCUCCCACCUGGCUGCAGGCGGAUCCCUCGGCGCUCCCAGAACUCCCGUCCUGGGAAUCAUCGGGGCCGGGGUGGUCCUGCCCUGCCGGCUGGGAUCCGCGCCCGUUCCCGAGGAUUUCUCCGUCCGUUGGACGUUCCACGGCCGAUCCCAGCGGAUCCCCGUGGGCGGCUACGGCGGCAAGGGCCGGAGGGAGGAGCCGGAUGAGCGAUAUCGGGGCCGGGCGGAAUUUUUCCACGCGGAAUUCCGAGCCGGGAACGUGUCCCUGCUGCUGAGGGACGUCCGGAGCUCGGACCAGGGAUCCUACAGCUGCCAGGUCUCGUUCCAGAACGUGUCCCAGGAGGUGCUGGUGGAGCUGGAAGUGGCAGCCGUCGGAGAACCUCCGUCCGUGAUCCUGCGGAGCCCCGAGAAGCGGGACCUGGGCGUCUCCUGCCGCUCCUCCGGCUGGUUCCCGCGCCCGGAGCUGCUCUGGCUGGACGGGAGCGGCAAAAUCCGGCCGGAGGCGACGACGGCCAAGGCCACGGCGACGCCCGGGGGCCUCUUCAGCGUGGAGGGUUCCGUGAGGAUCCGGCCGGGAUCCGACCUGGACAUCUCCUGCCGCGUCCUCAACCGCCGGCUCAACGCCUCCCGCGAGUCGCGGGUCCGCGUCCACGACUCUUUCCUGCCCUCCAUCUCGCAGUGGCUGCGGAUUUUCCUGGCGGUUUUGUUCCUGAACUUGGCCCUGAUCUCCGUCGUUUCCUGCCAGCUCCAGGGUGAGCGCUGCUUGGGCCUGCGGCUGCAGCUGCGGCUGCGGAUCCAGCUCUGCUCUGCUUGA